CUUCGAAAUAUGAUACCAGUAAAAGUCCCCGAGACCAAUACCCUUUUGCGCCUCUUUUCCAAUUGACGAUGAAAUUUUCGCAGAAGGGGGAACAGGCAUAAAGAUUUUCAGGGCAGCGUUUCAACGAAGCGCAUGCGCCCAAGAAGCAACGAACGUCGCCCCCGAUGAACGGCUUCGCGAGUCACGGUCUGGAUGAGGACAGGUUUGCGGAGAAGGGGAGCAUAGUCUCAGCAUUCGAUGCAUUCCCGAAAUCCAAACCGGAAUAUGUCACGAAAACCUCUGGAGGCGGGAAGUGGACGGUCUUGAUGCUGAUCAUCUCGGCGCUGCUCACGUUCUCUGAGCUGGGGCGCUGGUGGCGCGGGAACGAGGACCACACCUUCGAGGUCGAGAAGUUCGUCAGCCGUGACCUGCAGGUCAACUUGGACAUGGUGGUUGCGAUGCGCUGUCCUGAUAUCCAUAUCAACGUGCAGGAUGCGUCGGGUGACCGAAUCCUGGCGUCGAAGGUGCUCAAGACGGAUCUCACGAACUGGCUGCAGUGGGUCAACGUGAAGGGGCAGCAUCAGCUAGGACACAAUGCGGAUGGGAGUAUUAUAACUGAUGAGGGGUGGGAGGAAGAUGGACAUGAUGAGGGUUUCGGAGAGGAGCAUGUCCACGAUAUUAUCUACACGGCGAUGCGGUCGAACAAGUGGGCCAAGACGCCAAAGAUUAAGGGCCAUCCUCGGGACGGAGAUAGCUGCAGGAUAUUUGGAAGCAUGAUGCUCAACAAAGUGCAGGGCGACUUCCAUGUCACGGCUCGAGGACACGGAUACCAGGAAGCGUUUGGGACGAAACAUUUGGAGCACAGCAGCUUCAACUUCUCACACAUCGUCUCCGAAUUCUCCUUCGGAGCCUUCUACCCUAAGCUCGUCAACCCCCUCGAUCAAACCGUUAUCACGACCGCCAACCAAUUCCACAAGUCUCAAUACUUCAUGUCCGUCGUCCCCACCAUCUACACCGUCUCGUCACCCAACCCCCUCUCCUCAAAACGCACCAUCUUCACGAACCAGUACGCCGUCACACACGAGGACCGCAAGAUCGACGAGCGCACCGUGCCCGGCAUCUUCUUCAAGUACGACAUCGAGCCGCUGAUGCUGACGAUCGAGGAGCGUCGUGACAGCUUCCUCCGCUUCACUAUCAAGGUCGUGAAUAUCCUGAGCGGCGUGCUGGUCGCGGGGCACUGGUGCUUUACGCUCAGCGAGUACUUUGUUGAGGUCCUGGGGAAGAGGAGGAAGAGGCAGAGUGAUGGAGUGCUCACGGGGAAGCCGGGGCAUUCGGAUUGAUAGGGGU